CUCCCUCUCUCCCAGAUCGAGGCUGCGCGCUCUCUCUCGCUCUCGGUUUCUGUCUGUCUCAUUUCCACAAGAGCCAGCCGGAGGUCCCUCAGGGUCGAAGGUUCUGCCCUGCCUGCUCCAACUUCAACCUUUACAGCCUCCCAAUUCUGCAUUCAUUCUCUAUGGAUCGGCGUCUCUAACACCGUAGAGGGCAACCCCUGGACACAUCUCGGCAAGCGGAAAGGUGCACGUCACAGGCUGGUUUGGUGCCGGUCAGUUUCAGUUCUGAGGGGGGAGCUUCUGAAGGAUGCGCGCCGCACGACUCGGCCCUGGAUCCUGCUGAACUGCUCAUGUCCAAGAGGCGGAAGGAUGGCUCAUGGAAUUCCACCCCAGGGCAAGGUGACCAUCAGUGUGGAUGAGUACAGCUCCAACCCUACCCAGGCCUUCACUCACUACAACAUCAACCAGAGCCGCUUUCAGCCACCCCACGUCCACAUGGUGGACCCCAUCCCCUAUGACACUCCCAAGCCAGCGGGCCACACACGCUUUGUCUGCGUGUCCGACACACACUCCCGGACAGAUGGCAUUCAGAUGCCGUACGGGGACGUCCUGCUCCACAUGGGUGACUUCACUGAGCUGGGCCUGCCGUCCGAGGUUAAGAAGUUUAACGACUGGUUAGGUAGCCUACCUUACGAAUUCAAAGUAGUCAUCGCUGGAAAUCAUGAACUGACAUUUGACAAAGACUUCAUGGCUGAGCUGGUCAAGCAGGAUUACUACCGCUUUCCCUCCGUGUCCAAGUUGAAACCGGAGGACUUCGACAAUGUUCAGUCGCUCCUUACGAACUGUGUGUAUCUGCAGGACUCUGACGUGACGGUGAAGGGAUUUCGUAUAUAUGGGACACCUUGGACGCCCUGGUUCAACGGAUGGGGCUUCAACUUGCCUCGGGGCCAGUCUCUGUUGGACAAGUGGAACCAGGUACCAGAGGGCAUUGACAUCCUCAUGACACAUGGGCCUCCACUUGGAUUCCGGGACUGGGUUCCAAAGGAGCUCCAGCGGGUGGGGUGUGUGGAACUGCUCAACACCGUUCAGAGGAGGGUACGCCCCAAACUCCACGCCUUUGGGGGAAUUCACGAAGGGUAUGGCAUCAUGACGGAUGGAUACACAACCUACAUCAACGCCUCUACCUGCACGGUCAGUUUCCAGCCCACCAACCCACCUAUCAUAUUCGACCUCCCCAACCCCCAGGGCACAUGAAGCCAUAGGAAGCCCUGUAAAACUCCAUUUUUUUAACAAUU